AAAACUUUCCCCAAUCUCAUUCUGAAUCAAACAGCAGCUUCUUGCUCCCGAGUCGGCCAGCACGCGCCGCCGGGCCGCAUCUCGUCUCCCUCCUCGAAGCACCUCCUCUCCCUGGCUCCACGACGCGGCGGCCUGCUAGCUCUCUGGGCGGGCUACUAAUUCUCCGGAUGGUGUCGACUGCUACUUCUCCGAUGCCGCGCGCGCGGCCCGUGCGGUCCGCUGCGCCUCCGUCGGAUGCGCAAGCAGGAGGCGGACGCGCGGCCCGCUGUGCCUCCUUGCGCCCCCAUCGCCCGAGGCAGACCGUCGUGCUCGCCUGCUCCAUCCGGUCCCGUCGUCGAGGAGUCCUCUUCGCCGGCGUCGCGCCCGUCUCUGUGUUUCCCAUGUCGUGGCGGCGUGCUCCUCUGCGCCGGCGCCGCACAACCUCAUGUCAGCUUUCGUCGCUGCGAUGCCCACGGCCGGCGGUGUGCUCCUCCCUACUCCACGCCCACCUUCGCCCGACCUUCAGCUGCGCGUCGUGAUGCAGCGAGACUCGAGCUGCGUGUUCCUGUACGCGUCGAUCUGCUGCUUCCUUCGGCUUCGUCAGGACUCCGGCCUUGUCGAGCUCCUCUCCUCGCGUCGCGCUCCUGCUCCAUCGAACAACAGAGCUGUUCAUGCCCCGUCCGCGGCACUAUCCGUCUCCGUCAAGCGGGGACAUUAGCAACUUCUGCGGCCUCCUCCCCUCGCGGUGGGGUUUCAGUGAACGACAGUAGGCUUGUAGGCUCAUUGUGUUGUAGGAGCUUUGCUGAAAUGACAGAAAUUUGCAUGUGUUGUAAGAGCUUCGCGGACUGAAUUGAUGUGAUGCAUGUGCUGAAAUCAGUGUGUUGUUGCAUCUUGUUGCUAAAAUCUGAAACUGAAACAGAUUGAGGUGUUGUUGCUG